AUGAAUGUUAAUCUGUUACAUCUUCAGGCUGCUCUUGAGAAGUCGAUCAAGAACCUCCAGAGAGAGAAUGCGUUGAUAGCAACGGCGUGGUUCGACCUCACGGGCCGCAUCCAGAGCAACCACGUCGUUCUUCAGAGACGCCACGACGCGCCCAAAAGUUGGCUGAACAAGCAGCGGCAGAUGGUUAACGGUCAGUUGCGCCGCCGCGACUCGCUCUAUCUCUACUGA